GCGUCGUUCCAGGUCUCACAGCACCCCAGCCACAACAAACAACAAGCAAGGGACAGAAGAGGGCAGAGAGGGAGGAGGAGAACAGACAAGGAGGAGACAGGGGAGAUGGGUGACACCCACAGCAAGGCAGAGGGAGAGGGAAGAGAACCUGCCAACGCAAAGAACGCAAAAACAACAACAGCCAUGUCCGGCGGAGAGAAGUGGACGAGGGAGGAGCUGGAAGCCUUGCUGGCACAGACGAAGAUGUGGCAAAGGGUGAAGGACAAGAUCAGGGCCAUCGCCAACAACACGUGUGGGGAAGCUGUCGACUUCAUGGGUGCUUCCUUUGACGCCGUUGGGGCGCGUGCAGUGGCCGAGGCGCUCAAGGACAACACCUGCGUCAAACGACUCUUCCUGCGUGACAACUCCAUCGGCCCUGAAGGCGCCGUAGCGUUGGCGGAGAUGCUGAAGCACAACACAACCAUCACAGUACUUUUCCUGGAUAGCAACUCCAUCGGCGACGAGGGCGCCAUGGCGUUGGCGGAGGUGCUGAAGCACAGCACGCCCCUUAAAGGACUUUACCUGGGCGACAAUGGCAUCGGUGACCAGGGUGCUGUGGCACUGAUGGAGAUGCUGAAGCACAACACGACCCUCGAAGAGCUGUUUUGCGUUUGCUUUUGUUGUGCAGGAGGCUCAACGGCUGUUUGCCACCGUGUGCUCGUCAUUCACUCAUCACUCCUCACCACCGUGUAUGCUCUCGUCGACCUCCCACUCCUCUCUGUCUCUCUCACACACUCCCUCACACAUGCACACACUCACUCUCCCCCCCCACACACACACACUCUCUCUCUUGUGUGGUGCCGUGGCGCUGGCGGAGAUGCUGAAGCACAACACAACCCUCACAUAUCUCGAGUGAGUCAGACAUGCACAUGCAUUGAAGGCGCCAGCUUUGAGCGUGUGCUUGUUUGGUUGUGUUUGGUUUCGUGUGCAGCAGGCUCAACGGCUGUUUGCCGCUCACCAUUUGCUCGUCACCCACUCAUCACUCAUCACCACCGCGUGUGCUGUCAUUCACCUCCUUCUCUCUCUUGUAUGUGCGCAGCCUGGGUGGCAAUUCCAUCAGCGAUGAGGGUGUUGUGGCGUUGCCUGGGGAGCAACGGCAUUUGUGACCAGGGUGCUGUGGCGUUAGCGGAGAUGCUAAAGCACAACACAGCCAUCACACGACUCCGGCAGCAGGAAGCCGACAAGGCAGAGAAAGCAGCAGCUGCCAAACUGAAGCAAAGACAGUUGCAGAAUGCAAAGGAGACACAGCCACGGCCAUCAUCCAAGAAGCCACCACCGACCGUCCCCAAACCCACCAAGGCAUCUCAUGACUCAGCAUCUGCGCCCACGAAGCAGGCCACCCUAAACCCUUCCAGCCAAAGUGAUUCUGCUGCCGGCAAUUACAACAACACCGCCACCGCCACGACCGGCAUGUCUGCGGAGGAGAUGGAGAAGGCGAUCAAAGAAUUCAACGUGGACGCCGUCAUGGGCGAGGGCAAAGCGCGUGUCACGUUCAAGGUGUUUGACCUGGGCGGUCAGUCCACCUUCUACAUCUUCCACCCUUUCUUCCUCACCAAGUACGCGGUGUACCUGCUGGUGUUCUCAAUGGAGGACCUGUUGCACCAAGACAAGAGCAAGCGGGCUGAAUCGUGGGAGUUUAUGGAGCACUGGCUCUCCGCCCUCCACCUCCACGCCAAGGGCGCACCCGUCCUCAUCGUCGGCACCUUCGCUGACAAGAUCAACGAGAGGAAGCAGCAUGAGCAGAUAUCACGCGACAUCUACAGCCGCCUGCGCCACAACCCGGCCUUCCCUGGCGUCGUCCACAACGACAAGCAUGGUCUGUGGUUCUGGCCCGUCGACAACACCAAGUCCAUCAAUGACCCCAUGAUUCAGGACUUGCGCCAGUCCAUCUCCUCCACAGCCUUAGCGCAGGAGUACGUGAGCCAGGAGGUGGCUGUGCCAUACCUCCAUCUCUACGACAAACUGAUGGCACUGAGCAAGGACGACAAACGGCCGCUGCUCACCUUUGAUGAGGUGGUGGAUAUUGGACGCACGUGUGGGCUGCGCACACGUGAGGAGACGAGGGCCUGCCUGCAGUUCCUGCACCUGUACUCCAUGGUGUUGUACUACGACAGCGUGCCUGGCAUGGAAGAUUAUGUGAUCCUGAGCCCGCAGUGGGCGGUGGACACGAUGACGCGCGUCAUCCGAAACUUUGAUCUGCAUCACGACGUGCGUGAUGGUGCGGCAAGGGCCAUUGGCGCGCAGCUGUGGGACGACCUGGUUGACCGCGGUAUCCUGCACCGCCGUCUACUUGAUGUGCUGUGGAGGGGCUUGGAAGGUGGCAUGGUUGAGCCCUUUCUCCAACUCAUGAUGGAGUACGGGUUGUGUAUCCAGUACACGGCGCCAAUGGUGCUGCUGCCCGGUCCUCAACAGCAACAACAACACCACCAACAGUACCUCGUCCCAGCCAUCCUGCCGAUGACGCUGGAGGACGAACAGGCGUCCUCGUCGGUGACUCUGAGCACGGCAGCAGCACAGCAAGCAAAUCCGUAUGUUGGAUAUGAGGAGAAGACAGCCUACGUCGCCUUCAGCCUGAGGGAGUUCAAGAGGGGUGUAAGCGCCAAGAUUGCAGACACGCAGCAAGCCUCCUUCCUGCCAGAGGGCCUGUUCCCGAUGGUUCUGGCACGCGUGAUGGCACACAUGCAGCACGGUGCAACGGAACCGCCCAUGUUGAGCCGCACAGACGCCGUGAUCUUCAUGGAUGCUGCUGAGAUCGAGAUGCAGCUCGUGCCGGCUGUUGGCGGCAUCAAGAUCAAGGUCAUGACUGCACGUCCUCGCACGCUGCUGCACAUGCUGUACGACACCAUCACUACAGCUGUCAUGCAGCGCUACCCCGAGCUCAAGGCCACCCUGGAUAGCAACUCCAUCGGCGACGAGGGCGCCAUGGCGUUGGCGGAGGUGCUGAAGCACAGCACGCCCCUUAAAGGACUUUAG